AUGCUCUCCAUUGCUCGUAUUUGUCCUUGCCUCCGACUGGAGCCCCCUCUCGGUGCUCCCCCCAGUGCCCAUAAGUCAACUCGAGAUGAAACACCUCCACCCUGUCAGCGUGCUGCUGCCGAGACUGUUGACUCUGGCAACGUUCAGUCUCAUCCUGAAGUCGCUAUCGAAUCAUAUACCAGCGGAACCGACGAAACUGGAACAUUGAUUGAGUCGGUCACCACCACGGAAUCCGUCUGCGUGGCCGAAGAUCUCAGGAUGAUGUCUUCAAGUAUCUCCGAUCUCGAGCAAGACUCGUCAUUGAAGACUAAAGUAUCUGUUCAAAUAGAGAGGGAAAUCACGACCGAGGAUGGCACCACUGCUCCUGCGACCGCAUGCUCUAGCCCUUCUGUCGGUGAUCGGAUGAGAACUCUAGGCGAGGACUUGCAGCACUCAGAGGAGCCUUUUGGGUUCUUCGUUACACUUACUAAUCCGAGAACGGAAUCAGAUGGGGAGGAGGAGUGUGAGGAAGGAUUGUUGGAAUAUGCGGAUCAAUACGGUGAUCCAGAGAAGGCAGAUGUACAUGUGGGCGUCUUUUCCGCUGGUGCCGCCUCAUUUGGUUAUCAUCACGCUCGACUACUGCAAACUCGACUGGCGGGUAUCAUCAUGACGGAGCCUCGUAAGCCGUCUUGGAAAGCUCUCCUAGAAAAUGAUGUCUAGUACUUGGUAUGCUAUUUAUAAUUCAUGA